AUGGUCCAGGACUGGGUGGAUAAGGGGGGAGCUCCAGCUGCCACUCCUGCGACCACUGAACUGUUGGCAGAAGCCACUCAGUUGCUGAAGUCUCUGCGUAUGCCAAACCUGAAAGUGAUGCGACUGUCAAAUCUGCAACCUCAUGCUCAAAUGGUGUUGCUGGACUCUGGUGCAACACAUGGCCUACGUCCUGCAGCUUCAGAAGAAGAAUGGCAGUCUGGCACAAGAACUCAGGUGAUGUUGGCUGAUGGUGUCACAGAAAGCCUCCGUUUGAAGCCUGGCACCAAAGUUUUGCUUUCAGAUCCUCUCCUUCGGCCUGAAAAUACCUCUUGGAUCGUUCCAAUGGGAUGCUUGAACGAGCUCAACUACAAGUUGGUGUGGAAAGACCACAUGUGCCAUCUCUACACAAAAGCUGGAGACAAGGUCGAUGUGGAACUUCACAAUGGAUGUCCCUACGUUGCUCAUGAAUUUGGAGCAAAGCUGCUGACGGUGUUGGAACAGCAUCAAAUUCAACAAGAGCUGAAAAAGAUGACCUUGAAGUCUAUCUUGACAAGAGGGGCUGCCGGUCUUGGCAACAACAUGAGCAUUGAAAUGGCGAUGCUUGUCAAGCUCAAGGAGGUCAUGCCGACUUUGCCUGAAGAUUUGGCGUUGAAACUGGUCCCAGAUCUCUCAGUGCUCACGGACCCAAACAUCGGCUUGAACCUUCCAUGGAAUCGCAGAAAGCGAAAAAGACUCAUGAUGGCAAAGAAUGUGAUCAUCCACAUGUACAGUGGACCUGAUGCUUCUUACUGGGAGCGGCGUUUGUCAAAUGAGCACACUGAGGUCGUGGAGCUGAACCUGAAGCUGCAGUUGCUGAAGCAAUCAGCAGAUGGAUUCGCCGUGAAGCGCCUCCACGUGAAGGACCUGAAGAUCCUACUGGCGUUGUUUAUGCCGAUGACGAUGUCCGACCUGUUGGUGAAGAUCACCCAUUGCCUGGCCUUGAUGACCCCGAGCUCUCUGGUGAUCCUCAAGAACAACAACCUGGAGAUGGUCAACCACCUCAACGACAUGUUGAACGAGAUCAACAACAAGCGGGCCAUGAAGCUCAACAUGAACAAGGUCUUCCUGCAGGAGUUGCACAAGAUGAACCUGAUCCUCUCCAAGAAGAAUCGGCCCGAAGACCCUGAAAUACGUGCUGCUCAAGUGCGAAGCCAUGGCAGCAGAGAACGUGUUCAUGCUGGUGCAGCUUCUGCAAUGAGCUUUUUGGUGGGGCAGACUCUUUUGGCCGAAGCCGAAGCUUUGGAAAUCAAGGGAGAACAAGAUGAAGCGGAUCCACUUUGGAUUGCUGCGGUGGUUUUGAUGAUCCUGGGGGCAAUCUAUGCUGGCAAGCUAGCAGUUCAAGCUGGUCAAUGCUGCAUGCGUCGAUUGCAAGUGUGGUUGUCAGCGCCGUCAACGCCGUCUGGUGAGAUGAAAGCCUUGGCUGCCGUUGCGCGGAUCUCCGAGAGCGCUGCGGCUGGUGGUGGCAUUGAGCAUGCGCUGAAGCAGCGUGCUGGCGAAGUGAGCGAGGCACUUUUGGGUGGUGGAAGGGAGCCGAUCUGUCCUUCGAAUCGUGCGAAUCACGAUUGGGGGAGUCUGUCAGGUGCGAUGGAUGACACGCACAAAUCACAGAAGUGCACCUGUAUACCGCAGGCAUUUUGGUUUGGAAAACAGGCACGGGCUUUGUCGUUGUCAAGCCUGGAAUGGCAUGCAGAAGCCAAGCAGACGCAGACUAGACAGAGAACGCCCAAAUGUCCGCCUCAAUUUUGCCCUGAUGCUCUCUCCGCCCUUAAGACUCAAAUUGAGACGAAUGGAUGGCUUGAGGUCGAUGUGCACACGCACUUCUAUGCUCUGCAAAGUGGCCUUGCCACGUGCACGCGGCGAGACAUGCAUGGCCUACAGAACAAACCACGCAAAACGACCAUGUCUGAUGCUGACCUGGAAGAAGUACUAGCCGCCAUGGAUGCUGAGGGCCUACCUGUGGAGGACAUGUGUGACAAACUGCACCUGCCAUGUUUGCUGGAACGUUUGGGUGCACCGGCCUUCCUUGUCCAACUGAUCAAAGAUGUGCACACAAACACAUGGAUGGCUGUCGGCGCUUCACAAGCCUUGGCCACAACCAAGCGCGGCACUCGACCAGGGAUGCUACAAAAAGUGCUGCGGCUUUCGAAAGAUGCCAUUCUUUCGACGACAGCUGCUGAAGUGUUCCAACGUACACACCAGCCGGAUCCAAGGGUGCGACUAGCCACUGAUCGAUUGCUCUUUGCGCAAAGAUUGUGGGAGCAUGGACCAGCAGAUCUCCAACAUUUGCUGCACAGAGAACAAGCGCUUUGUCAGACGUCCUGGAUGGCUGGAUUACAGGCUGACUUGGAAUGGUUGCGCAGCCUGGAGCCUGACGCACAAACACCUGUUGACCCCAGUGAUUUGACUGCUCUCUUUGACUACUGGCAGAGUGGUACACCAGAGUGGCAGAAGCGGGUUAAAGGUGCUUUCAGACGUUUCCAGAAACAAGAGCAUAUGAUGCAGAAGAUGCACAAGUUUCAUGGACAGAUCAUGAAAACGUUGCACACUUGCGCUACAUUUCAAGAUUUGCUGCCAGAUCAGCACGAGCAGGAGAAUGAUCACAGCUUUCAUGUCCUUGAAGAGCUGAUGCCGGUGCGUCCUAUGCAACCCAGGGGGCUUCAUCGAACUGAAGCUUUGCAAGCUCUAGGCCCCCACAUGCAACCCAAGGAUAGCCGCAGCAAUGAGUUGCUUUUAACAUGCCAACGACUUGAAAAGAUUGAGAACACCAUCUUCUGCAUUCAAACCCCAGAAGAUGCAGAAGAGCAGAAAUGUGCAUAUUGGCAGUGCCUUACUGCCACAACUGAGGGAUGGUUUCAGAGAUUUUGUGACUCUGGGUUUGAUGCGGCCACGAUCACACAGCUUCCUGACGCGUGGCUGGAUGUGGCGGCUACAGCUGAUCCCAACUACCCAGAGUGGUUGGAGAGUGUGUAUAUUGGCUGGGGAGAAAGAUGUUUGGAAGACGUCAUCGCUCGCUUUGAGGAUGGCGAAGCUGAAUCUCUUGUGGACACUGCCUUUGCAGACUUCAUCUAUGAUUUCCCUAGGAUGCAGGCACUCUCUGAAGCCGCCUUUCUGAGACAAAAGAUUGACCGCUUAGCUAGUGAGCGAGGUACCCAUUUCCCUCAUCGGCAGCCGCGGUAUGGCACCGCUAAUGCCAAGGAAAGAAUGCAGACGGCAUUACAUAUUCCUUCACUUUUUUCGCAGCAAGAGGAGUGGAUGGAGAAAAUACGUGGCAUCAAGUUUGACACCAUCCCUGACUGUACGAGCAUACCGCGGGGUGUUGAAGCACGUACCCAACUCCCAAUCUUCCUUGUCGUGCAUUUGUUCAGUGGAAGGAGGCGGGCCACAGACAGACAUGCCAAGCUUGAAGAGUUCGCAUUGGGCAAGGGUUACAGAGUGCAAGUGUUGUCGCUCGACACUGCUGUUUCCAUUUUCUAUGGCAAUCUGCAGGCAAGCCAACACACUUGGAAGUGCCUUACCACCUUGUAUAAGGCUGGCAGAGUCUCUGCGACCAUUCUGGGUUCCCCGUGUGAAACCUUUUCAGCGGCGCGACACCAUCAACCUGAUGAUGCGACCGAGAAGUGGCCCAGACCACUUCGGAGCGCAUUGCGUUUCUUUGGACUGGAUGGACUCACCACCAAAGAAUUGAGGCAAGCAGAACAAGGACCCUGCCAAAGUGAGUAUAUGGACUUCCCCUUGGGUGCAGAUGAUCCUCCAGCUCCCGAAUGUGAAGCUGCAUCGUGUUUGCCAAUGGAGAUGGGGCGCCCACGCUGUUAA